AUGCGCACGAGUGCCGCCGCACCGCGCGAUGCGCGCACGUGCACACGCACGUUUGUGCACCGCGCAUCGAACGCGCGUCGCCCGCGCGCGCGCGCCCCGAGCGCGUCGACGACGCGGGGCGGUUUCCAGGCGGACGAGCGCGUCGACGUCGUCGUUGUCGGCGCCGGCGUCAUCGGUCUGGCGUGCGCGCGAGAGCUUUCGAGGCGUGGUAUGCGCGUGUUUGUCGCCGAUAGAGCGCCCGCGGUUGGUUUGGGGACGAGCGCGAGAAACAGCGAGGUGUUACACGCCGGGAUGCACUACGCACCCGGGUCGCUCAAGGCGGAUUUUUGCGUCCGCGGACGACGAAUGAUUGUCGAUUACUGCGAGAAGAAGGACGUUCGAUGGGACAACAUUGGGAAAAUAAUUGUUGCCUCCGAAGAGAGUCAAAUGGACGAUCUGGAGGCGAUGAUUGAGCGUGCGAUGCGGAACGAUGUUGACGACUUGGAGUUGCUUUCGGCGGAGUCGCUUCGUGAGUACGAGAAAAACGUGAGGGGUUUUGCCGGAGUUUGGUCGCCGUCCACGAGCGUAGUCGACACACGUGAGCUCAUGGAGUCAUUCAGGCGCGAUUGCGUUCGCGACGGUCGAACCUCGAUCUCACUCGGCGACGAAGUCGUGGAGAUCACACCCGCCGGUCGGGCGAUGUACCGAGUGAAGACGAAGUCCAAGGUCAUUGCAGCACCGCGCAUCGUCAAUGCCGCGGGUUUGCACGCUCACCGCGUGUGCGAACGUAUGGCCGAAGUAUACGACCAAGUCGCGACACCGCCGCCACCACUGUACUUUGCACGCGGCUUGUACUGCACGCUGAAGAAGGGCUCAGGCGCGCCGUUUCAGAGACUCGUCUACCCGCUUCCUCGGCACGGCGGUCUGGGCGUACACUUCACUAAGGACGUGUUUGGCAACUGUAAAUUCGGACCAGACAUCGAAUGGAUUGAUGAGAUUGAUUAUACGAUCAAGCCUGAGCGCGUUAGUGCGUUUUACGACGCUAUUCGGGAGUACUGGCCAGAACUUCCCGAUGGUUUUAUACGCACUGCUUACACAGGCAUCAGACCCAAACUCAUCAAUGAAACGGGAGAUGAGGACGAACCGGGCGCUACGACAGAUUUUGUGAUUCAGACCGAGGUCGACCACCGGGCGUCGGGAGUGGUGCACCUUUUCGGCUUCGAGUCCCCCGGACUGACGUCGGCCAUGUGCGUUGCAGAGCGCGUGUGCGAACUUUUAGAGUAA